GGAACCCGAUCUCCCCCUUCUCCUCCAAGAUCGGAACCCCCUCUGGUUUAGCUUUCUAGUUGUAGCCUCCGUUUCAGCUUUUGCAAUAGCUCAGAUUAACUUAAAUUGUUCACGGCGACGAAACUCAACAACUGCAAAUCCAAAGAAUGACGGCUCUAGCUCCCACCAAGAACAAAUUGAAGAGAUUUACAAGUUUGAAGACUCCAAUGUGGAGUCAAAGCAGGAAGAGGAGGCUACAAGCAAUACAAGUAAAAGCAAACAUAUUUUUAAACAAAAUGAUUCUGAAAACAGUGACAUAAUGAGUAUUGAGUCUCAAAUAUAUGCUGAAGAAUUGAACAAUGUUAUCGAAAUAGAGAAGUUAAAGAAUGAAAUCAAGGAAAUGGAGGAAAGGAGAGCGAUCUUGGAAGUGAAAUUGCUCGAAUUUUAUGGUUUGAGAGACCAAAAAUUCAACAUUGCUCGGAUGCAGAGCCAUUUGGAGGCUAAAAUAGCGGAGAUUGACAUUCUUAAUGUCACUAUAGACACAUUGCAGGCAGAGAGAAAGAAGCUAAUUGAAGAGAUCAAACAACAUCAGUUGGCAGAGAAUGAGCUUGAGAUUGCAAGAAAGAUGAUACUAGAAUUGGAGGCGAAGUUGUGUGUUGAUGCAUCGCGAAUGAAGGGAAAGUUAAAGAUGAUCAAAGAACAAGUUUAUGGCAUUCAGAUGGAGGAAACACUGGUUAGCGAUUCCAGGGUUGAGAAUAGGCUGAGACUUUUGAAAGAUUUGGAGAUGGAAGUUGUUGAGAUGAAGAGGAGGGGCAGAGAGAUUCAGUUAGAAAAGAGGGAAUUGGCUAUCAAAUUAUCAGCUUCGCAAGCUGGAGCCGCUCUUUCAAAUAUGACACAGAUUAAAAUUAUUGCGGAGAUAGAGUCUGAGAAAAGUAAUCUAAGGCUUGCCAAUGAAGAACUUUUAAAACAAGUUGACAGACUGCAGAGGAACCGGUUUGGCAUGGUCGAAGAACUGAUGUACCAACGCUGGCUCAAUGCCUGCCUGAGGUUUGAGACUCAGAACUCCCAAAAUCCACAACCCAAAACCCCCAAAACUGACUUUCUCAGAAAGAAUUCAAGCAGUGAAUUCCACAAAAAAAACGAACAGCCAAGUUCAGAUUCCACUCUUGACAGCAUUUCCUCUUCUGAGAGCGAUGAAAAUACUAGCUCUACAAUCGAUAGCUCUUCUAGUAGCCAAAAAUGCGUGCGCAAGAAAUUUAGUCUGAUUCAUAAGAUAACGAGGUUGGGGGCAAGAAAGGAUGAAACUGGUUCCAUUCAAUCCCCGGGCCUAAUUCGCAGGUUUUCUACAUCAUCGGUUCAUUUGAACAUGGCAAUGCCAAAAAAUGAACAACACAAUGCGUUCAUCACGCCAUCUAGGAGAGAAAACGUGCAAGUCCCAGAGGCGAGCCUAAAUUUCCGUCGCACAAGGAGAGUUUCUUUUAAUGAUUCAAUACAAACACUAGCAUCAUCAACAUUUGAGGCCAUGCCAAAAUCUGUGAACAAUGAGAAAACAAGCGCUGAGAGGUUGGAAAACAGCACAACAUUCAGAUUGGAGGGAGAGAAAUCUGAAUUCUCAUCAGCUGCAAUAUUCAGUUGCAUAGAAGGGGAAAGUGCAAGCAAUUUAAGCAAGAAAGAUGAUCAAAAUGUCCAUAACGACGAAGGAAACAACGUGAUUAGCAAGAGUGGUACCGCCAUGGAAGAACUCGGGAGGCCUAAUGUGCCUCCAAUUCAUGGUGACCAAAACUUUAUGCAUCUUGUUGCUGCUUUCCUCUUCCUCCUGUUGGUGUUGCUUGUUUUUUUCCAAGUUUACUAAUGCCGUAAUAGGUAUUCUGAAAAAGCAUCAUGAAAAUGAAGUAUAUGUAUAGAUAUUCAAACUUAAUAUGACGUGGCUCAUAAUCAAAAUAAAUUUUAUCCACACAUUUUAUUUUAAA